GGCCAGUCCCAUGAUCAUAUUCGGAAUCAGCAUGGUCGAUAACCUAUAACCCACUAGAUGUCGAUCAAAAAGCUUUUAAUCACCUCGAAAGGUUCCCUCGUAAGGGGAUCCAUUAAGCAUACUCUGUAAACAUAAAUUGAUUGCAUAUUCAAAUGAACAGUUUUCUUGAGGCUCAAUGCCACAUAGUGACCGUAAAUGUUUUAUAGCAUCAGUAUCUGUUUCCUGUGUUGAAGUAACUGAUUCAUCAACUGAUUUUCUCAAAUAUGGCCAUAACCCUAAACAAGACUGUAUUAAGUUCCUCAUUUUUCAAGAAAGUCAAUAUCAACGAUAAAAACUUGACAACCACGAGUAGUAUAUUAGUAUUUGUUUACUUUUAUAUAAUAUUAAAAGUAAGAAUAAUUUGACGAAUGCGACAGAAUAAAUGACAGUAUCAUUCAUAUACGUGUUUCCAUGCAGAUUCGCCCAUCCUCUGCCCGAUUUUAAAGCUGACAACAUAUCACUAAAUGCAUCCUGUCAAGUGGACUGUCGGGAGUUGUGCAUAAAUCUAUAUUUCUUUUUGAUAGAAAAGUGAGUGUAUCUUGGUGAAACAGCAGUCUUUAAAACUCAGUUUUUAGUGUAACACCUUUUUUACAUUAACAAAACUUUAGAAAUCAAUAAGAAAAUCUUUUCAAGAAGCUUAUACUAGCACUUAUAGAGUAAGGAAUUCUCUUUCACAUGAGACGUCUUCCAGCUUUAUGGAUGUUCAGCUGACGAGCUAUCUUAUUCUUAGUGAUCAACAAUAUUCCUCUCUCUCUUUCUCUUUCAUCCUUUUCGGUAAAGUUGUUAGGAAAGUUUUUGAUAUUAGCUUUUCGCAGAAACCAGCCUUCAGGGUCUCUAUUCAAUGGCUGUUAAAGAAAAUGGGACCCGGGAGACUUUUUAGCACUAUGAUAAUACUCUUCAAAGAAAAAUGUAUUUGAAAAUCGAUCGAACAGUUUUUACGGAAAUUGGACUGAACGUUUCUCAUUUUUAGAAAUCAGACGACCUUGUAGCUCAAAUAACUCAUAAUUGAGUGAAGGUAUCAAGGUUAGCUAUGCUCCCCUCUCUCAUUUGACACCAAGCCAAGUCGGUCUAAAAGCUUUAGAAUAAUGUCAUCCUUGAUACUUACGCCACAAAUACAAAUCCGACACAUGGCAUAGCCGCGGUAUUUUGAAAAAAUUUUGUUUAUGUAAAAACGAUGUUACACUAAAAUCUGAGUUUUAAAGACUGCUGUUUCACCAAGAUACAUUCACUUUUCUUUCAAAAAGAAAUAUAGAUUUAUGCACAACUCAACUGUAGUCACAGAAUACAUUUAGUACUAUGAUGCCGGCUUUAAAGUCGGGUAGAGAAUGGGCGAACCUGUAUGAAAAUACGCUUAUUCCAAUAACAAUGUGAAACUUCAAAACGGUAAUGUAUCCUUCAGCAAAUUCAAAUUUCUUAUUAAAUGCACAGACAGUCGGGAUGGAAUAAACGUGGAAAAAACAAUUUUUAACGGUAUAUUCGUCCAUUUUAAAGCUUCUUAUUGUUAAUCAAAUGCGUUUCAUUUUUAGAUUAACUCAAUGUAUUUUAUAUAAACAAUUAUGCGGCAAAUUUAACGAGAUAAAACCAGUUACAAUGUAUCUGACGUACAUGAGAUAAACAGAAAAUAUAGAUACUGCCAUUUAUUCUGUCAUAUCCUUUUCAAUGAGUAUACGAACUAACACGUAGUGAUUUUUCUCUGGCAAAUAAACAGAGAUAGGUGCUUCGGCCAUUCGUAUUUGAUGGUACAAUCAAGCUGAACUAUUUCAAUAUCGUAAUGACGUGCUGAUACUAGUACGGUAGUGUUUGAUUGAGCAUAAAAUAGACAAAUGCGACAAUUAAAUGAUGUUGAUAGAUGAUGUAAUCUUUUUUAACAUCUUUUUGGUUAGUUCCAGCAACUAUAACCUACAUAUUUUUCCUUGAAUAGUGCAUCAUAUAAAAAUAUCGCUGAUACAAUUUCUUUCCAUAUGCACAACAUCCAAAUAUCAAAACUACCAAAUUCCAAUCGUAUACACAAUUUUUCAAAAUGUUGAACAAUGCUAAAUGAAAAUAGAAGACGGUUGUAAUUUGAACUUACGUAACUUCUAAACAUUUCAAAUUCAACCUUUUCAUCCAAAUGUUUGCUUUUACGUAACUUCCCGAUGAACUGUUGCUCGUAAGACUAACUUGAAAUAAUCGAUGAACUAUAUUUAAUAAAUACAUACUAACAUUUUCAUUUUGAUUUGGUAAAUUCUUAAAUUAAAAUAUUUUUUAACUUAAUCUAACCGCGAUUUGAUAAAAAAAUGGGAUUUUAUACCCAAAUCGUUUAUUCACAAGUUUAUAGUUUUUCGCAACUAUGUUUCUAAGUUUUCAACUCCAUUAGUGUCUUACUUUGAGUGUCCAAAAGGCAAACUGUAACCAUUCUAAAUCACUGUGAUGAUAAUUAAAAUCGCACGCGUUCUUUAUAAUUUUAACAAUUUUAUUCCAUUCGUCAUCAAUUAAUAAUUGGGUUAUGUAAUGUUGACGUAAAAAUGGAUUGUCUGGUUCAUCUUUCUGUAGAAAGAAGAAGUAGUCGUUAUUCCAAUGACGAUGCGCGAGCAUACCAGUCUAUCUUCAAGGUAAAACGCAUUUCGUUCACGAAAAGUCGAUAUGAGCAUAAUAAUCUCAAAAGAAAAUGAUAUAUACACAACUAUAGAUGAUCGCUACAAGAAAUAGCAUAUAGUAACGUCCAAACCUGAAAUUCUUGCGAUCACUCUGCGACAAUAGUGGUCAUGUGAUCUGAAAUAAGGGAAAAUGAGGACUAAAUCAAGCUUACUAGGACUUUGUGAAGAAAGGACGGAGCGUAUUUGAACGAGAAUCGGUCCACUCGUAUUUUUCCACUUCAACCGAAUUUAUUAGAAAAUUCAUGUUUCUAUUAUUCUCUGUCAUUCCUGGGCGAAAAAAAUUAAAAAAAGAGCGAAAAAAAAGGUUUCUUUUCACCAUCAUCCUCUUGCUGUCCCACUAAUUAGAUGGGACAGCAAGUGGAUGAUGGUUUUUUUAUUUUUUUCGCACAGGAAUGACAGAGAAUAAUAGAAACGUGAAUUUUCUAAUAAAUUCGGUUGAAGUGGAAAAAUACGAGUGGACCGAUUCUCGUUCCAAUGCAUCCCCGUCCUUUCUCCAGAUAUACUCAUACUUUUUUUAACAAAACACAUUUUUGUAUACGUACUUUAAAUGAUGCAACAAUUUGAUGGUGUUAGUUGGUAGAAAAUAUCGAAUAAUCCAUACGCACGAACGUCUACGGCUAUCAGAUCAAACAAAUACUUGCAUAGAAGUUUUAAAUAGGUAAGAAACUGACUUCAAGUUUUGAAAAUUUCAUAACUAUACGAUUACAUAUCUGUUAGUCGUAAAUAUUCAUGUGCAUGAAUAACUCAAUAUUUUCUACAAACUAGCACCAUCAAAAAUGCACAUCAAAAUUUUGGAUCAUAAGAUCUAAAAUCGCUCAAAGAAAGAUGUAUCAGUCGAAAUCGCUAUCAAAUUAUUAACUAGCAUCAUGUAAAUUAUCCAUACAAAAACUGAAAAAGUGUUGUUAGAAAAGUAUAAGCACGUCUAGGAAACUUCAAUCGUUAAUUUCUAAGUUUUAAAUUUUAAGUUUUUAUACUCACAGAAGAAGAGUUUUUGCUACACUCAAACACUAUCGUAAUUAACCAGUUGCAAUUACAUCUCUCUCUUUUGUUCUUUGCACUACAAUUGUUAACGAGGCGCGCAGUAACCAAAGCCUAUGUCGUGUCACAGACAUUGCAUAACAUGAUUAAAGUGAACGAGAAUGUUUCUCUGCGUUUUCUAGUACUGCGAUAAAUAAUAAAAUAGUCUUGUUGUGAGAUUUACCGUUCUAUCUUUCCUCGUAAGUAAACUUACGACUACUUGUCCAAGUACUUCAGCAGGUUUCCUCUGAUGUUCCUGAGAUUUUUCGCAAGUGAAUCAACUACUUAAAUUAUUUUACCCUCUUUUCAAGCACUUGCUCAAAUAAUCCACGAGUACCUGGAGAUCUAACAAGUAAAUCAAGUAUCCGACAAAUACGUUCAUAUACUUUGACAAGUAAUUAUCUAGUACCAUUCUAAAGAAAUGCUUACUAAGUAUUUAUUAAGUAUUUACAGAAAUUUAUAAAUAAGUACUUACUUGCAAGCACAUACACUAGGUUAUCUAUGAAUAAAUGAAUUCUUUUAGGAGUAAAAAAAAGGUCCGCUUUCUUUUGCAUGUUGAAGCAUCACAUAACUUGUGAAAAGAUGGAUCAAAACCAAACUAUUCAAGGUAGUUAAAAAUAACAUAUGACAUAGUUUAAUCGAAAUUAGGAUAUCAGUGGAUUCAUGAUUUUUCCAAUAUACUAGGGACCUCUAGCAAUACCAUUUUUAACUCUUUGUUAUUCUAUAAUUGCAGUAUGUAUCGUAUUUUUGAGAUAUUAAUAAGAUAAGCUUUUUGGGAUACUUCCUCCUCUUAUAUUAAAGCGGCCACAAGUAAGGUUGUGAUUGGAACGAGACAUCUCCGAAUAAAAUUAAAUACAAUUCAGUGUUCUUUUGACAUGCAAUCUCUUUUGUAUAUGCCUAUAUGUCUAUAUAUAUAUAUACAAUAUACACAAUAUAUAUGUAACCUACAUACAUAUAAUGUUUAUUCUCUAUAGUACAGACUAUAGCUUAUUUUAGUUAUAAUUUCUUGUUGGAAUGGAGUAGAAUGCUGGCGGAGUGAGAUUGAUGUAUCCGAUUACUGGAUGUCAAUAAACUUUUUAACAAUGCAUCUUUCUCAUAAAAAUAAAAUAAAUAAUAAAUUCUUUUCUACUGAUUCCAGUUUCCACAGCAAAGGUUAGUCUACUUGUGGAGUUUACUCAUUUGUCCAACGUGCAAUUUAGUGAUAUAUUUCCGGCUUUUAUGAAAGACAGUUUCACAAACAAAAUUAUCUUUCUAAUUUUUGUUCAUCGACCUUUGAAGAGUCGAUUUUCUUUUAUUUUUUUUUAGAUUUUAUCUUUGUGUAAUUAUAUCAGCGUAUUUGUCCACCAACUUGCUUCAUUACUAGAAAAAGAAAUGAAGCGUCUACGUGAAAAUGAUCCACUUGAAGAAUCAAUAUCCAAACGAAGUUUGUCAAAUGGAUCUAGUUGUCCAGCACAACAAUUAACAGACUAUGCCGAAUAUUCUCCACCUAAUUCAUUAUCCUCCUCGUCUUCCUGUUCAUCUCAUUCAAUAACGCAAUCAACAACCACAAAAGACGGUCAUAUUGAGAACUCAUCAUGUUCACAGUCAGAUCACUUAACAACAAUUGUUCCACCAAGUUCAUCGUCAAUUCAACAACUUUGUCUUUGUCGGUUUUCUCAUCAACAUAAUCCAGAUUGUGUUAUUCACAAUAAUCCUUCACCACCUCAAGAACUUACUCACAAUGAUAAUCCAUCUUAUUAUGAAAAAAAUUUAUUAUUAUAUUAUGCACAUUUGGCACGAGUUAAACGACAUGGAACAAAUAUACACAGUCAUCAACAAUCAUCAUAG